CGUCAAAACGUUUUCCUUUUUCGUCUCAAAACCGGAUUCCCAACUACCGGUACGCUCUCCUCCAUUUCCUGCUCCUCAUUUUUAAUUUUACGAUUCAUUUUGAAUUCGAUUUUUAUGGUGUACCUCGCUGAAAGCCCUCAAUCCUAUAACAGUCGACCAUUUUCCACCAAAACCAUGUCUAUAUUCUCUUUAGCCGGCUAGCCUAGCAAGCUAGCAGCUGUCAUGUUGCUAAACGUCAGCACGUCAACUUGACCAAACAACAACAAAAAAAAAAAAAAACAGGCAAAAGUCAUCUGACGACAUUCAUUCAGUGCCGAAGUUCCGCCAAGAUGAGGAGACUGAACAAAAAGAAAGCGUUGACGCUGGUCAAGGAACUGGACGCCUUCCCCAAAGUCCCCGAGAGCUACGUGGAGUCGUCAGCCAGCGGCGGCACAGUGUCCCUGAUUGCGUUCAGCGCCAUGGCCGCGCUCGCCUUCUUGGAAUUUUUUGUCUACAGGGACACGUGGAUGAAAUACGAGUACGAGGUCGAUAAAGACUUCAGCAGCAAACUGAGGAUAAACAUCGACAUCACCGUCGCCAUGAGAUGCCAGCACAUUGGCGCCGAUGUUCUGGAUCUGGCAGAGACCAUGGUUGCUUCCGAUGGGCUAAAAUACCAGCCGGUCAACUUUGAACUGUCGCCACAGCAAAAAAUAUGGCACAUGACUCUUCUUCACAUCCAGGAGCGUCUGCGAGUGGAGCACUCGCUGCAGGACUUGAUCUUCAAGACCGCCGUGAAAGGAUCUCCGCCUGCGCAGUCCCGAAGCACGGACAGCAGCACGUCUCUAACCGCCUGCCGCAUUCACGGACAUUUGUACGUCAACAAGGUGGCCGGGAACUUCCACAUCACAGUUGGAAAGUCCAUCCCUCAUCCACGAGGCCACGCCCACCUAGCAGCUCUUGUCAGCCAUGACAGUUUUAACUUUUCCCACCGCAUCGACCACUUAUCGUUCGGAGAAGACAUCCCGGGCGUCAUCAGCACCUUGGACGGCACAGAAAAAGUCACCGGCGACUCCAAUCACAUGUUUCAGUACUUCAUCACCAUCGUCCCCACCAAACUGAACACGUACAAAGUGGCGGCCGACACGCAUCAGUACUCGGUCACCGAGCGGGAACGCGCCAUCAACCACGCGGCGGGCAGCCACGGCAUCUCGGGAAUCUUCAUGAAGUACGACAUCAGCUCUCUGAUGGUGAAAGUGAGCGAGCAGCACAUGCCGCUAUGGAAGUUUCUGGUGCGUCUGUGUGGCAUCGUCGGAGGCAUCUUCUCCACCACAGGGAUGGUGCACAGCGCGGUGGGCUUCCUCGUGGACGUGGUCUGCUGUCGCCUCCAAAUGGGAAUCUACAAAACCGUCAAGGAGGAAAACCCGGCGAAUCCGCAGCAGGCAAAGGAGCAUGUGGCGCCCCCUGCUGACACCGAUUUCACUCAGACGGUCGGCUGACAUCGCGUCGCUCGUUUGCACUUUUCGGUGAGAAUUCAGCCCACGACUGGGAUAUCAAAUAAAUGCUCACGGGCCAGGAAAGACUUUGCAAAAAAAAAAAAAAAAAAUCAAUAUUUUGCUCUAUUUUAUGGAGCAGCUGGUAGAAAAAAAAAGAUCACACUAAAGCCAAACAUUAAAUUGUAACCAUAAAAAAAAGAGCCACACAAAAGGUGCCUAUGUGUAAAUGUUUAUUAAAUAAAAUCCCACCACUCAAUUCCUCCUCGCCUUUUCCGUCGUACACGAUCAAGUCCUAGCGUCCCACACAACAUGUCCAGAGUUCAUUUGACAAUAUUUCACAAUAUCUUUCAGUAAACAAGUUUUUUUUUUCAGGGGGUGUUUUUUUUCUUAGCAAAAUGUAAUCUAUCCGUACUGUCGCAUUUCAUAAAAAUAGUUGUUCAUGUCUUUGAAACUACAGUAUCAAGGAUACAGUAAACGAUAUUUGUAGGAAUACAGCUGUACAAGGUGAAGAGUACUCGGUUAAUACUACACAAGUAAACAUGACGGGGAUGUGUCGUCGUUCUUCACAAAGAGUUAGGACCUUUUUUUUUUUUUUUUUUUUAAUUUUUUAUGCCGGAUACAAAAUGAAUCACAGCAGGCAGGACGGGUGCGUGAGCGAAGAUGGACAACGUCUGAUUAUGGACUUCAUUUCAAACCUUCAUAAUUAAAAAUACUCCUCAAGAUGUCCAUCAGUUUGAAGUCAGUGUGAGACUUGCGUUGAUAUUAAGAGUCGCUGUCAGCCAAAAGUCCAAAUUUCACAUUUUUUUUUUUUUCACAAAACAAAUCAGUCAUCAUGUGUGUCUGUAUUAUUAUUAUAUAUAUAUAUAUAUUUUUUUUUACAACAUACGUGUCAGUCUUUGGCGACUUUUUGGCUUUGACUUGCGAGAAUAUUUUAGGAAAAAUUCGUCAUAAUAUCAAAACUUUACGCGCAGGAGUGUCAAACUUUUCUUUUUGUCACAAGCCACACUGUAGUUACGCUUUUCCCGCAAGGGGUAGUUAAAAAAUGCUUUAUUAUUACACAAAUUGAUGGGUAAAUAGUUUUCAGAUCAGAUGUCAGGAUAAUAGGUUGUUAUUGUUCAAGUUACUGUAAAAAGGGCUUUGCUAACAAAAAAAAAAUGCUUUUGCAAUGUCUCAACAUUUACUGCAUGAUAAUCGAAAUAUUUUGCUACAGAUUUUAGCAAGGCUCACGGACGUUGACGAGAUUUUCUUUCACGGGCCGUGUAAAAUGUGGCGGUGAGCCGGAUCUGGCCCCUGAGCCUCAAGUUUGACACCUCCUGGAAGGUGUGUGAUGCCUCUCCGAGUUGAAGUAUCAAAGAAAAUUAAUCACACGUGCAUUUAAAACAGUUAACAUUUAAAAGUUAAUGCUGACAAAGCAAAAACGCCAUAGAUAGGCUAACCAAUAGCAUCUUACGUUCUGUUGUUGUAACGCUUUAACAAAUGUAUAUUGAACAAACGGUGGUGCAACAAGUAGACAGACAGAUGUAACAAAACGUACGGGCAUAUAUCGGUUAAAAAUGUUCCUGGAGCUUACUGAGUGACUUACAGUAGUUGUGAAACUCUUUUAAGUCUACAUGACUGUAUUGCACUGCCACCUGAUGGCACAGUUGGACCACAACAAGGAAGUCCCGUGAAGAAAACAGGAUCCACAAUCCGUUUUGAUUCUUUACUUUCUAUGUACGUUCUUAUAAAGCAUGAUAUUACACUACUUUCGUUAUUAAAAACUGUACAAAUAUUUAGUUUUUUAUGGGGGUAAUGGCAUUUCCAUUCAUUUGAAUGGGGAGAGAUGAUUUGAGAUAUAGUUAAUACCCCCCCAAAAAAUGUUUUUUUAUUUAAUUAGUUCACGCACGACAGCGACGACACAGAACUUAGAGCGGUUCUAAUACUCUCUCACAAAGUUAAAUAAUUUUGGGGUUUGGAGCCAAUUAAAAAAAAAAAGUUUCAUAAACUAGAGAACAUGUCAAAAUUGUAACUGGAACUGGAAUCGUAAUUGGUAUCUCCGUAGGGUCAGGCCAUCGCUGGUGUGACCGUACGAAUGUUUUACGUUUUGCCAAAAUGACAUUUGAAGUUGCUCCACACGUAAACGAACAACCUUGUUGAGGGAAAAAAAAACGCAAAAAACGCGGCUGGGUUUUUUCUGCUUUUGGGUUGUGACGAAAUGUUGAGGAAAAAAAACUCAACAAAGGCGAUUAAAAAAUUAUGCUGCCAUUUCAAAAAUGGAAACGGUCGGUUUCCAGGUUAAGCGGUUGGAAAUAUGUCCCCAAAAUAUGUUGCAGCGCAUUUUGAAUUAUUUUGCAUAAUUAGGAGAACUGGCCCAGUGUUAGUGUUUCAAUCUUGGGAUCGUGUAAUACAUGAAAGAAUUAAGUACAGUUGUCGUUUUUUUUUUUUUUUUUUUUAUAUAUAAAAUUGAGGUAUUUUUUCCUUAACUUUGUCUAAUGCAUUUUUUCAAAUUGAAUCAUUAAGUCCAGUUUUCUUUUUUUCAUAUCACAGUUGAACUUGAACCGGAUCCGGCAUAUUCUUGUCACUUUUGUGUGACAACAAUAAAUUUAAAAAAGCAAAACCUGCUUGUUAGCGCAACACUUUCUCUCUUUGUGUUGUGGUACUGUGAAGGGGGAGGGGGGGGGGGGGUUAAAUGUUAUUUUUAGCUAAUCAUGGCAACAUUAAUAUUCAGUUGAUAGUGUGCCCAAUGACUAUAAAUAUGACAAUAUUACUAUAAAAACUACUUUGUUGACAGUCAUGAUUUACUUCGGACCCUUUUCAAAUACUUUUUGGCACGCUUAUCAUUUUUUUAUGAAUUCUGACAUAGACUUUGACCUGCUACCUAUCGUACUUUUGCAUCUCCGAUUAUGAUUAUGACCAGCAGCGAUGCUACAGACCAACCGUUGAGGGGCGCCACCUGCUGCCCCCCAUGCGUUGGUUUUGAGCAAGGCACUCGGCCUCCUCCUCGUCUUCCUCAUACUGAUGCCCCCCUCCCACAGUGAUGUGGUACACGUAGCACAGUUAAAAGGCUUUUAGGACUGGACUGGAGCGAUGAAGCGGUUUUUCUUUUCUUUUUUUCCCCACCUUGUUUUUAGAGCACUUAAUGAAGAUGUUUGGAAAGGCGUUUGAGGAUUUUCAUGUCCUUGAUAUGCGGCUAAAAGGUCCCAUAUUUUCGAGAGUCUCUAACAUGGACUUUGGUGGACUGAGUAUAAAAGUGUCAGUUUCAUGUGAAAAAUAAACCCAAAACAAAACAAAACAAAACACCUUGUUUUGUUACGAGUGUCCAGAAAAGUCCCCCCCCCCCCCCCCGACAGCUGCUUCUGUUUGACCCAGUUUUGUAUCCGCUUUGACCAUAUUUGGCAAACACUCUGAUUGGUCGGAGUACUCGUUUGCGAUGUUGCGGAAAGGAAGGCGUAGAUCUUUGCUAGUGACCUAGAUAAGCUUGAGAAGUUCGGAUGAGCCGAUUAUGGGAAGAAAAAUGCAUUUUUUUUUUACUUUAUUUUGAUUGCAAUUCAUGUGUCACAAUCUCACCGUGGGACCAUGGAGUCAAUUUUACGUCCCCAAUAAUAGAAAACAGUUUUUGGGUAAAAAAAAAAAAAAAUGGCACCUUUAAGAUGCUAGUGAGGACAAAGAGCAUACUAGUACAUAGAUCCUUUGCGUCGCAUAUCAAGGAUAUGGUGGUGGGGUAUAAUAGCUGAAAUGGCUUCCCAUAAAUAUGACGACACUGCACAACGGUUGACGGAUGCCUGCGUACAGAACUCGGUGUACUAGUGGGAUUUCUUUUUCUUCAUCUGCAGUCGCUAGUUUAUAAAAAAAAAAAAAAGAAAAA